GACAGCCCGUUUGGGAUCUACAAUAUUCCCUAUGGGAUAUACAGUGUUCCGGGACAAACACCCAGAGCUGCCACGGCUGUCGGAGACUAUGUCCUCGAUCUUGAUACUUUAGUUCAGCGCGGGAUGCUUGCAGAUCCGAAGCUGACACAGUCGUUGGAUGGUGUUUUCCUAAAGCCGUAUCUCAACGACUUCGCAGCGCUUCCGCUCUCUGAUCGCCAGGCGGUUCGCCAGGCUAUCGUUCAUCAUCUUACGAGCGCCGACUCUCCGAUUUUCAAUGACGUGGAAUUUCAAAAAAAGGCUUUCAUUCCAAUUCGGGAGGUUAAAAUGCACCUACCCAUGCGUUCGACCGACUACACCGAUUUCUACUCUUCGCUGGUGCACGCUGAUAAAGCCGGAAAAGCUAUGAAUAUUCCCAUUCCACCCGCAUUCUAUGAAUAUCCCAUGGCCUACAAUGGGCGCGUUUCUUCCGUUGCAGUAUCCGGAACAGAUGUCAUCCGCCCUAAGGGCUUCUUCCUCCGCAAUCCCGGUGACAAGCACGUCGAGUAUCAAGCUUCCCGAGAGCUUGACUUUGAAGUUGAAGUGGGAUGUUUCGUCUCGACCCCCGUGGCACUAGGCAACGUGGUCUCUGCGAGAAAUGCGUGGGCACAUGUCUUUGGUUACGUCCUGCUGAACGACUGGUCUGCACGGGACACGCAAAAGUACGAAAUGCAUCCGUUCGGACCGUUGCACUCCAAGAGCUUUCUCACUAGUAUUUCGCCUUGGGUCGUUACUCCAGACGCGCUUCGUGGUAGUCUUGCUCGUCCAGUAGCAUCUAACAACUCCGAGUUGGCGAGCUAUCUUAAGAAUGAUCCUGAUAACCACGCCGGUUACGAUAUUGAAUUGUCGGUGACAUUGUCUCGGAAACGAUCAAAUCCAGUAAAAAUCGUACAGUCAAACCUGACAGACGCACACUGGGACUCACUGCAGAUGAUCGCCUACCAAUCGUCUAGUGGCUGUGGGCUCAACACGGGCGACCUCCUAGGCUCUGGUACAACCUCUUCUCCUACACCCGAAUCGAGUGACCCCAGAACUCCUUCUGGAUGCGGCUGUCUCUUCGAGGCCAAUGCCUGCAAGGAGCCCCUGCCAACUGUCGCUAAUGAGGAGAUAACUUGGCUGGAAGACGGGGACGACGUAACGAUGGAAGGCUGGUUUACUACUGCCGAUGGGAAAAGGGCUGGGUUUGGCCCUUUGAGUGGAUUGGUGCAACCGGCGUGGGAGGCGAAGAUUUGA